UCGGUUGGUUUGUUUACAAAUUUGCCGCCAGCUGAUUGGCCGAAGCGCCCAUCAACAAAGGUUCGUUCAUGGUUCGGGGAAGCUUCGGCUGCUACGAAACAUCGCGGCUGGCUGCGCUGGUUUGACAGCGCGCUGUCACACGCAGAACAAUGCCAGAACCACAUGCACGGCUCACAAGUGCGCACUUGUGAAAACGGUGGUUCUCUUCUGUCUGUAAAAUCCGGAACGCAGAUAGUGAAGUGACAGUUUUUGUUUUUUUGCUUUCUUAAAAAAUAUUCAUAUGACUCAUCGGAGCGGUGUAAAUGUGUGUGUGUGGUGUGUGCGAUAAGGCGAGCGAGACGGGUCAGCAAGAAGGUGCCGUACGUCUUGAUUACUGGCACCCCGUCGUCAUCACUACCGCGCACCGUGCACGUUCAUAAUCCACCGUGUGGGGUGGAUUUGUAGUAACAGAAGAAAAACAACAGACGGGCCGAGGAAAAUCGUUCCCCGGUUGUACUCUGUAGCAGGCGGAAUCGGUUACACCUUUGGUGGAGAGAGAAAAACAAACAGUUGCUAGAUCGUGAAAAGUGCAAGUUGGUAGUAGUGUGGCUGGCACCAUCGCACCCAAUGAUGUCAUCGCUGUUCGCUCAGCUCGAACCAUCACCCAUAUCCCCCCAGUGUGUUAGGCCAGUGUGCAAGUGGCAAUAGUUAGUGAAAAGGUGGUGACAAACACUUGUUUGUGCGUUCAACCAUAUUGUGCCCGGCGCUGCCAGGUCCCGUUUCCGUCGGUUCAGCCUAAAAGUGGCAGCAGCUGCUGCUGCACUUCUUCCAAACACUCAAGCGCUACAGAGCGCGAUUGAUAACAGUGUAGAGAAGCGUGAAAUACGACCCUAUAGUGAACGAACGGGCGGGAAGGCUGGGCUGGGCGAGGUGACGGAGGGCCUACUGCCUGUGACUGCGUCGCAUUUUAAUGGUGGUGUAGCACGUUUUUCCUUCGUCGAUGCGUAAAAUACGACCAACGAAUAUGUGCUGCUGGGGGUGGAAAGUGUACACUCAAAAAUAGAAAACUUUGAAAACAAAGCGAUAAACACGUGUGUGUAUAUAGGGGGUGGUGGUAGUGGUGGCGGUUGUGCGCUGGGUGACACGGUAUCGAUGCAAUUGCGGUAGCCAGAGCGGAUUAAUACAACCAAAUUGGACGGAGCAGCAGCAGCAGCAGCAACCUGAGCAGGCGGAGUAGGAAAGAUGGUGUUCGAAAGCAUCGUCGCCGACGUGCUGAACCGAUUCGUCGGGGAGUACGUGGAAAACUUGGACAAGAAGCAGCUGAAAAUUGGCAUCUGGGGUGGCGAUGUCGUGCUCAACAAUCUCAUCCUGAAGCAGAGUGCUCUCAAAGAGCUCGACCUGCCAGUGACAACGUUGUACGGGCAUCUGGGGAAGCUGGUGCUGAAAAUCCCCUGGAAAAAUCUCUACAGCGCCCCGGUGGAAGCGAUCGUAGAUAAGCUGUACGUGCUGGCCGUGCCCAACACGGACGUGCGCUACAAUGACGAAAAGGAGCAGCGCGUUGCGUUCGAGGCGAAGAAGGCGGAGCUGGCCCGCAUCGAGCAGGCGAAGAAAAACGAGGAAGAGAAGGAGAAGGUAACCCCGGUGGCGGACAAAUCGUUCGCGGAAAAGCUGACCACCCAGAUCGUGAACAAUGUGCAGAUCAAAAUAUCGGACAUCCACAUCCGGUACGAAGACACGACCACCACCGGGCACCCGUUCGCGUUCGGCGUGACGCUGAGCAAUCUGAGCGUGCACACCACGGACGAGAAGUGGGUGCAGACGCUGGUGUCCGAGUCGGUGACGAAAAUUUACAAGAUGGCCCAGCUGGAAAUGCUUUCGGUGUACAUGAACUGCAACACGCAGCUGUUCCAGUACUCGGAUCCGUCCGAGUACCGGGCGCUGUUCGAGGCCUCGAUCGCGUCCAAAACGCGGCAACCCGUCGACUAUCACUACAUCUUCGGACCGAUCAGUUCGGGCGCUUGUCUCGAGAUGACGCCGAACCCGGAGCUGGGCGACGCACCGUUCUCGGCGCCCAAGAUCAAGCUGAAGCUGUGCAUGGAAACGCUGGCCAUCGGCAUCACGCGGGUACAGUUCCAGAACACCAUGCAGCUGGUGGAAGCGUUCGGGCGCAUGAUGCGCGCCAUGCCGUACCGCAGGUACCGGCCGUACGGGUUCGGCUACAAGGGCAACUACAAGGAGUGGUGGCACUUUGCCUACACCUGCAUCCUGGAGACGGAGGUGCGCCGCCGCAGGCGGAACUGGUCGUGGGAAAACAUGAUGCGCCAUCGGCAGAACCUGCGCCGGUACGAGGAAGCGUACCGGCAGCAGCUGACCGCCAAGAAGCUGACGCCCGAAAUCGUGAGCCGCAGCGAGGAGUACGAGAAAAUGCUCGACCUGCACAAUAUCGUCGUGAUUCGGCAGAAGGUGGCGCUGGAGGUGGAGAAGGAAGGGAAGCGGCAGGCGGAGGAACAAAAAGCUGCCGGGUGGUUCAGCUCCUGGUGGGGCGGAGGUGCUAAAAAGGAGGAGGAUACGGCCGGUGGUGACAUUAAGAAGCAGUUCGAAGCGGCAAUGACGCCGGCGGAAAAGGCCAAACUGUUCCAGGCCAUCGGCUAUCAGGAAAAUGAUGCGCCGACCGAGCUGCCGGAACACUACGUCGCUCAGAUACUGGAGUUUGAGCUGAACUCGCUGGAAGUAUCGAUAAAGUCCGAGCUGUCGGAUAAGGAAACCGUGCUGAAUCGUGUAAUGCUGCUUGAGCUGAAGAACGUGAUCUGUGGCGUACAGCAACGGCCCUCCGCGGGCGCUAUGAAGGCCUCGUUGGGCAUGCAGGAGCUUACCAUUUCUGGCCUACGGCAGGGCGAAAUACUUCCCAUCAUGGUAAAAUCCCAACUGGAAGGGUCCAAGACGCUACUCGACGUGUCGUUUGAGACUAACCCGGAAGAUAAGCUAUGCGAUCAGCGGGUCGUGGUCACUUCCAGACCGCUGCAGAUUGUGUACGAUGCUGAAACCAUCAUUCAGUUGGCCAAAGUGUUCCAAACUCCGCGAACGGCUACAAUUUCGCAGUUAACGGAUGCCGCCGCCGAAAAGUUGGUAAAUAUCAAGGAGCGUUCGGCGACGGGCUUGCAGUACGCGAUCGCCAAACACCCGCGGCUGGAGCUAAACAUCGAAAUCAUGCCCAGCUACAUCAUCGUGCCGCAUGGGGGCAUAUUCUCCAGCCGCGAAUCGGUGCUGGUGCUCAGUUUGGGCAAGCUGCUGGUUCAAACCGAACCGCGACCAAUCAACCAGCGCGACGUCCACACCAUGCACGGGGAGGGCAUCGGGCAGGAGGAAAUCCUGUCGGAAAUCAUCCGCCAAAGUUACGACAAGUUUGUGCUGGAGGUGCGCGAUGUGCAGGCGAUCGUGGCCACCUUCGACGAGGAUUGGCAGGGCACGCUGCGGGUGAAUGCGGUGACCGAGCUGCAUCUGCUAGAGCCCACCUCGUUCCGCAUCUCGGCCCAUCUGUGCGUGAUCGAUGACGAUCCUCGGCUGCCGAAGUGCAAAAUAUUCGGUGUGCUACCAUCGGUGAACGUGUGCGUUACCGAGCAGCGGGUGCUGGAGGUGCUGUCGAUUGUCAGCAGCAUCCCACUGCCCGAGAGCGACGAGCAGCUGCAACCGGCCCCGAUCGCGAAGGACUCGAACGUGUUCAGCUCCAGCCUGUCGUUGCUGAAGUAUUUGGAUGAAAAGCAGGUAAAGCUGCCAAAAAUUCAUCGCCCACCGGAGGCACUGAAUCCAGCCGACGCUGUUGAUGGGGACGUAGUGCAGUUUACUGAUAUGGAAAUCAAGUUCGAACUGCACGAAUGUUCUCUUACUAUUUUCAAAAUGAAUGGUGGUGGAACCGGCAGCAGCUCGUCGGAUGUGUUUGCAACACCGACCGAAGAAUUCUCACAGUCUCCGGUGGAGCAGGACUACCAUCCGCACAAAAGUGUGGCCUUCAACGUGCCCUACGGCGGCUCGGUUGGUAGCAAUCAGCGUAAAAUAAUUGCUUUCAAAGUGAAGCAGCUGGAAAUGACCAUGGUACAGCGUACGUACGAUCUGAAGGUAGCCCUGAAGCUUGGUGCCGUCACGCUGGACCAGUUCCGCUGGCGCAACGAACAGGAGCGCGUGCUGAACGUCAUCCAAACGCCCAAGUACGACAACAACGACGACUAUCUGUUCACCGUCAACUACAGCAAUUGCAAGAAAAACAGCCCCGAAUUCACGACGAAGUAUGAAUCGGUGGAGCAGGAGGUGGCCAUCGACUUUUCCACCCUGCUGUUGCUGCUGCACGAGGACGCACUGAAUGAGCUGAUUCAGCUCGGCAACGAUUUUCAGAUGCGAAUGGAAGCGGUGGCCAAGAAGAAAGAGUCGGAAGCAAACGGCCUACAGCCGAAGGAUCACUUUGCAACGAUACAUGAGGAGGAGAGCACCGCCACCGCUCUGCUAAAUGCGGCACGCGAAAGAUUGCCCACGAUAUUGGAGGACGAUGGUAUUGUGACCAGCAGUACUAGCAAAGUUUCUCGUAAACGUCAAUCAAUUGUAGAUAGUAUCAAAGUCAGGGUGAUGGCAAAGCUGGAGGAUGUCACGGUGGAGCUGCAAAAUGACAAGCGAUCUUUGGCCGUGCUCGAAGUCAAAAACCUAACGAGCAGUGUUAUUAUGAAAACCUCCUACACGGAAAUAAAACUGCGGCUAGAGGAUAUAGUCCUUACCGACACCAAUCCAGCUACCAUACACAGUAAAAUACUGUCCAUCAUCGGUGACGAUGCACUGCACGUGCAGGUGAUACUGUUCGAUCUGGACGCCACCUCAGACUACAAUUCCGACAACAUGCGCAUCGAGGUGGUGAUGGGAUGUGCACGGAUCGUGUUCCUCAACUGGUUCGUGACGUCCGUGCUUGCAUUCUUGGACAAUUUCCAAGCAGCUCAGCAACGCAUCAAAGACGCGAGCGCUGCCGCAGCCGAAGCGGCCAAGAACAAUGUCGUCGAAGCGUACACGCAGGCCACUCGUAUGAAGUUGAACAUUAAGGUGAAAGCUCCGAUCAUCAUCAUACCGGUCGAUUCAAAAAGCUUGAAAGCGGUUGCGAUGGAUUUUGGCCACCUGAGCAUAACCAACAAUUUCAAGGAUAUUCCGACGGACCACCAGCACGGACCCGCGGUCAUCGAUGAGAUGAAAAUCGAGCUAAAGGAUAUGAAGCUAGCGAAGGUGGAGGUUUCGCAAACGGAAUCGAGCGGGGAAUCCUUUUCUCGGUACGGUUCCGAGGACGUAUCCUAUGGAGUCGUGCCGGAUCAGGGAGCAGUGCUUAGUCCGACUAGCUUUACGUUGAUUAUGAAGCGGAACCUCUCCUCCGGUUGGUAUCGGGAUCAUCCAGACAUGGACAUUUCAGGACGACUAAAAGCGGUUGAGCUGAACUUCAUAGCCACCGAUUACAGCGUGAUAAUGCAGAUUUUAUCUAAGAAUAUGACUGAAGGACAGGAGGAAUUCAAGAAACCAGUGAAAAUUGAAAAAUCGCCCACUAGUCCACAAGUGUGCUACAAUAACGCUGUUACUACAACUGCCGAUGUAAAUCUGUCGCCUGACGCGAAAUCAAACUGGACGGCAGUGGCUAAAAAGGCAGCGGCUAAACCGUUCGGUGUGGAUAUGGCACAAUUGAAAGCGUCAGAAAACAAACCGUCCGAUAAGCCACUUGAGCCGGCAAAAGUGGACACUUUCCUUAAGUUUAGCUUCCAAGUGGAUAGCAUCAACAUUAAACUUUUCACAGCUCCUGGUGAGGGUUUGGCAGGAUUUGAAGUGUUUUACUUGUCCUUGCAAGGAAGGAAGCUUACAGACGGCAGCUUAAACACAGCAAUAGUGCUUUGCGAUAUCAGGCUGGACGAUAUUCGACCAAACCGUGAAAAUAUGCUCACCAGGUUAAUGGAACGUCGAUCUCAAGAAUCUUCGAUGGAUCUGUCCAGCGUGAAAGAUUGUGACGAGGAGCCGCCGGAAUCAUCGAUGGCGUUUCCCUUACGUUCGAUGAUUAACAUCACCUUCAACAUGAAGGAAAGCGAUAUGUUUGCGGACGUGAAAGUGUCCAGCUUUAAUUUGAUCCUUUCGGUGGACUUUCUGUUGAAGCUGCAACAGUUCCUGCAGCCCGAAGAGCUGGUUGAGCAAAAAGCGAUCCAAGCGGCAGAAGUCGAACAAACGGAUCGUUUGCGACGCGCUAGCACAUCCGCUGGUCCGGUCAGCCAACAGCAAGAAGCUGGACAAAUUACGGUAAUUCUGAAGAUCGAACAGCCGGACAUUAUUUUGGUGGAGAAAAUGGAUGACAUCAACUGUUACGCACUGAUACUGAACAACGAGAUAUCGCUAAACGUUCGGCUAAUAGGAGAGCGUCAAAUCAUCAAGGGAGAGCUGAAGGAUCUCUGCCUGUACUACGCGGAGUUUAAUCCAGAACGACGCAACUCUACGAAGCACUACGUUGUACGCCCAUGUUCCAUUAGCUUGAACGGUUCGACUCCUGAGGGGCUUGGUUUGCAUUUGAGCAUAAACUGCACGGAAAUAGAACUCUCCGUAUCGCCGGCAGUGAUCGAGCUCAUGAACAAUGCGCUCCAAACUCUAACCGCUAAGGAGCAGUCAAGAUUAGACGAAUCGGCAACAGCGAAUGAUUGUGUGGAUUUGUGGCAUGUGAAAGAAUUUGAUCCGGACCAGUAUUGGUUCAUUCAGCCAGAGCUGGCUGAAGACGCGCUGAGCUUGGAAUCGAUGCGAACGAUCGAGAUCAAGGAGGAAAAGUGCAUGAUUGACAUACCGUGCAUCUCGCUGAUUGUGGAAACUGGUCUCGGUACGAACACAAUUCCAAUGCUGUACAUCAAGACAAGCUUGGAAGGAUCGGUAGCCAACUGGAGCUCGGACAUGAAGAUAAGUAGCUCGCUGCGCUUGAGUAUGUCGUACUACAACCAGGCGCUUGCGCUGUGGGAGUACGUCAUCGAACCUAACGUAAGCGAGCAGCCGAAUGGUCAAAUAACGAAUAUUCCUUGGGAGCUAACGUUUGAUCUGGAGGUGGACCACCACGAGGAUCGGUCGCGGGAGCCGACCACGCGAAUGCAUAUCGCUUCAAGGGACAGUCUGGAAAUGACGGUCACCAAAACCUGCCUCGAUGUGGUGCAGAAUCUUGGCAAAGCGUUUUCGGAAGCUAUCAAGCGGGAUGGAAUAAUUAAAUCGGAAAUACAAGCCCCGUACGUAGUGCGCAACGAUACAGGCCAGGAUGUGAAGGUAAAUUUGGCUGCCAGUGAUUUCAACAUCCACCGGUCCCAUCUUACCUCCACGCACCUGGACGAGCUGGUUGCAUUUGAACAGUCGGCCGACGAGGAACAAUCGAUAGGCAGCUGCAUUAUAAUGCCGAACGGGCGCUUGCAGCUGCAACCGAAACAGCACAGUUUCGAACGCAGCACGAUCCUCACGGUGUUGGACGAUAAGGACACGAGCAAGCGCAUGUUCGUGAAGGUGAUCGUUGGCGACACGGACAAGGAGCUGACGCUGCCGGUGUACAAGUCCGACAAACGGUACUUCCCGCUCUUCCGUAGCACGGGCCAGGAGGCGUGGGGCAUUAUUUCAGAGGUGAAAAUCGAGCACGGCUGUACCGUAUUGGUGUUGCGUAGCAUCGUACAGGUGUACAAUCACUUUACCGUCCCGAUAGACGUGUUCCAGUUUAUCGACCACGAAAAGUAUCACAUCGGUGAGGUGCGGGCCGGCGGAUACCUGAAUGUACCACUGUACUACUUGUACAACGACUCGAAGGAGCUGCACUUCUCCAUGAAAGGCUACCAUUCCUCGGCACAAGGCAUCAGCUGGAAAGAGUCGCCAAAUAGCUUCGAGCUAAUGAAGGCGCUCCAGUGUGAUCCGAUCAAAACGUUUGAACCAUUUUACAUCAAUGCUGUUCGCCAACGCCAAGAUGUGUUCUACAUGAUAUCGUCCAACCAUACCAUGCUGAGUGCUUGCUACGAAAUUCACCUGCGCCCUCCAUUCAUGCUGCGCAAUGCUUUACCAAUCGGACUGACCAUUUCCGUGGCCGGAUGCUCGGUGCGCCGUGAACUGGACACUGGUUUGGUAACGAGCAACGAAAGUCUUUCCACCGCCUCAACGGUUGCCGGAGAAGAUUAUUUGGAUUAUGGUGAAAAGCUGCUUCGUCCCGGGGAGUUGCUUCAUCUGCCGACGGUGAAAACCUCGGCACGUUCGACAACGGAAACUUCCUACAUUGUGGCAAGGCUCGUUGGCUAUUUGGACAAGGACUGGUCGUGCACAACAGAUAUACCCGCUCAGCCGCCCGAGUUUGGUGUUUGGACCUUCAAUGCAUACGAUUCUGUAGAGGUUAUGUCCCUGCAACUUGGAGUAAAGUAUGAAAAUCGUUCCGACGGUUUAACUUUGAUCGUAUACUGUCCAUUCUGGAUGCUGAACAAGACCGGACUAAUGCUGAGCUAUCGGCUUCCGUCGAAGUAUGUGUGUCCGAUGCUUUGGAAAUUAUUAAACAGUUGUGUUUCCAGGGAUGAAGCCAACGACGAGAAUACCAACAUACUGUACCAUCCGCCCGAGUACGAGGGCCCGAUACUGUUCUCCUUCCGCGAGAAGGUAUUCUUCGGCAAAAAGAAGGCAGCGAUCCGGGUCGACACCGGGGAGUGGAGCGACAAAUUCUCGCUCGACGUGGCCGGCUCGAGCGGCGUCGUACUGUGCCAAGCUAACAACAUGACCUACCAGAUUGGCGUUAACAACACGCUGACGCACAAUUCGCUCACGAAGCAGAUCGUGUUCAUGCCCUACUUUGUGCUGAUCAAUCGGGCAAACUUUGACGUCGAGGUGCAGGAACACCUGCGACCGGGAGAUCCGUGGACGAAGGUCGGUGUGAAUGAGUGCGUGCCGCUGUGGCCGAAGACGGAGGACAAUCGCAUGCUGAAGGUGAAGAGUUGCGAUCUGCCCGAAGUGACGGCACCGUUCAAGUACACCGAGGUGCAGUGCACGCUGCUGCAGUUGCGCAACCGGUACGGUGGCAUCAACGUGGACGUGCACGUUACGGAGGGGGCCAUCUACAUCACGUUCACCGGCUACUAUCCCGGGGAUGCGCCCGCACUGCUAAUGAACCAUACCUGUGAGCCGUUCGCGUUCAAGGAGAAGGGUGACGUGAAUGGGAAAAUACUGAUGCCGUCCCAGAUGGUGCUGCACACCUGGAUCGAUCCGGCUGGGGAGCGCAAAAUCGUGUGGGAAAGUGGCCCGAAAGCUCAGCCGAUCGAAAACGAUCUCCGGCGCGACGGUAUCAGCGAGUUCAAAUCGCCGACGGAUGGCGUUAUCUACUGGGUAUCGUUUCUGAACGGUACGCAGCGCGUGCUGCUCAUCACGGAUAACUGUAACAUUGCAUACGGCGUCCAUAGCGCUAGCCGGCUGGAUCAGGUGACGCAGGAGGUAAAGCUGGAGAUACACGGCAUCGGGCUGUCGUUGGUCAACAAUGCCAAACCGACCGACCUGAUGUACAUCGGUAUCGCCAGCUCCGGCGUGAUCUGGGAGGAGUGCAAGCGAUCGGGCAGGUUCCGCCAGAUGAAGAUACAGGAAACGAUCAACAUGGAAAAUCAAUAUCAGCAGUAUCUGCGCGACCAGGAGGUGGGCACGGUGGCAAGCAAGUCCUACCAGCUGGAUGCGGAGUCGCGCAUCGGCAUCGACUUCCAGAAUAUGAUCCUGCACAAAUCGACCGAUCGGGCGAUCAAGCGCACGUUCUAUCCGGGGCUCUGGGUGGAGAUGAAAUCGUCCAGCCAUCAGCUGCAGUUCCACGCGAAGGUUAACCGCAUUCAGAUCGACAACCAGCUGGUCGAUUGCAUAUUCCCCGUCGUGCUGGCACCGGUUCCGCCGCCCAAGAGUGUGGCGGCGACGACCGAGUUCAAACCGUUCGUCGAGAUGAGCAUGGUGCAGCGCAUCAUUCCGCACUCGAACAUUAAGCAGUUCAAGUAUCUGCGCGUGCUAAUACAGGAGUUCCACGUGAAGGUGGAUCUGCUGUUCAUAAAUGAAAUCUGCGAAAUGAUCAGCAGCGAAAUCACCGAAACGGAAGCGAAACGACUGUUUGCCGAGGAUCUGAAGCUUCAAACGCAACCGCUGCACGCGCACGUUGCCAUUCAGUCGCAGCAGGAGGUGAAGAACUUUUACGACAACCUUCACCUGGGGCCGCUCAAAAUUCACGUCAGCUUCUCGAUGGCUGGCUCCGAAUCGAAGGCACUGCCCGGCAUCCUGUCGACGAUUCUGCAGGGCGUUGGCGUAACGUUAACCGACAUCAACGAUGUCGUGUUCCGGCUGGCGUUCUUCGAGCGCGAAUAUCAGUUCCUCACCCAGCGGCAGCUCGUCUCGGAGUGCGUGACACACUACAGCGGGCAGGCGGUAAAGCAGCUGUACGUGCUGGUCCUGGGACUGGACGUGAUCGGCAAUCCGUACGGGCUGGUGGUUGGUUUUACCAAGGGCGUCGAAGAUCUGUUCUACGAACCGUUCCAGGGAGCGAUACAAGGGCCGGGCGAGUUCGCCGAGGGCCUCGUGCUCGGCGUAAAGUCUCUGUUCGGGCAUACGGUUGGGGGAGCGGCCGGUGCCGUUUCAAAAAUAACUGGUGCCAUGGGCAAGGGUUUGGCGGCGUUGACGUUCGACGACGAUUUCCAGAAGAAGCGCCGUGAUGCGAUGAACAAAAAACCGGCCAGCCUGCAGGAAGGCAUCGCUCGCAGCGGCAAGGGCCUGGUGAUGGGCGUGUUCGACGGUGUUACGGGAGUGUUUACCAAACCGAUCAGUGGCGCUAAGGAGGAGGGCGUCGAGGGAUUCUUCAAGGGUCUGGGCAAAGGUGCGGUGGGGUUAGUUGCUCGACCGAUAGCGGGAGUGACCGAUUUCGCUAGUGGCAGUUUCGACGCGGUCAAGCGUGCAACGGAACUGUCCGAUGAAGCGAUACGCUUGCGUCCUCCCCGCUACCUACACAAGGACGGCAUUGUUCGGCCGUACAAUCGCAAGGAAGCGGAAGGCUGUAAGCUGUUAAGGGAAAUUGAUAAAGGGAAAUUUGCUGCUACGGACGCAUACGCUUAUUACGAGGUGAUCAUUGACAAUAAGGAUGUCGUCGUGCUGACGGAUAGUCGCAUUAUCUAUGCAACCAAGAGUGAAAUGUUUGGUGGAUGGCAGUCCGAGUGGACACACAAAUGGACGGAAAUCCUGAGCAUCUCCACACUGAACGACGGAGUCGAGCUUCUGCUCCACAAUCGGGACGGCAAGAAGACACUGAAGAAAAUGUUCGGCUCAUCUGGACCAACCAAAAAGAUUCUCCUCAUAUCGGUCGCUGCGAGACGGGCCCGACUCGCCGAAGAAAUGCAGCAACUGUUGGCCAAGGUUCAGCAGCAGCAUGCCUAAUUGGAUGGCAAAAACUGUAAAAAGUUUGUUCCACUUCGGGUCGUGAUGGAGCAUGAUGAUGAUUAUUACCGAACAGCAGAAGCACCUGAAGGAAUGGAGCGCGGUUACUUGCUGCAACGUAACUUAAUUCCGUUUAUAGCCUAUUUGUUACUGAAAUAAUGCAAUAAUGUUGUUUUUUUUUGUACGAUUUCUCUCACUUUUCGUGUCGAAGCGACGAACCGCGAUGUAUUUUGUUACACAGCGACCGUUUAGUAAACGUAGUAUUUUAACACAGCUGUGUAAUGUGCAACAAAAAACGGAAUCAAUCUAAAGUACAAACAUAUUUACUUCUUCUGGAACUGCGCUUAAAAAAACGCCUAUUGAUAUGUUGUUGUGGCCGGGCCCUGUGCCAGGCAUGUGCCGCCGUACAAUCGACUGUUAUUACUAUGUGUAUUUAAUACUGUACUUUGCAGCAUAUUUUGUUACACUUUCUCUAAUGAUUGCCUUUGCCGAGAGCAAUACAAUGCAAGAAAAUAUCGGGAACCAAACGUAAUAUAAUAUACUAUACACAUCUGAAUAUUAUUUGUGAAUAAAUAAAUGGACUCUGCGAACCUGGAUAA